AGAAGGGCCCCUGGUUUUGUCUCGAUAAUGACUCUGUCUUUCUCUUUGGUUGGUUUGUGAGAUUCAUGGGGUUUGAGAUGAAAGCAGAGAAAGACGUUUUGGAAUUGAUUUCGAGUAAGAAUCAAUGCAAAGCUAAGAACUCUAAUCCCAAUUCCGUCAAUUCGCCUCAUAAUAAUAAGAAGAAGAAUAUUAGGAAGAAGAGUAAGAAGAUGAUGAUGACGUGGCGACGGAAGAAGACUGAUUCUUCUCCGGAGGAUGAGAUAACGGCGGUGCGGCGGCUGUUUAAUACCUGCAAGGAAGUGUUCUCUGAUGGUGGUCCUGGAAUUGUUCCGUCUGAAGAUAAAAUCCAGCAACUACGACAAAUCCUUGACAAUAUGAAACCAGAGGAUGUCGGAUUAACUCCGACCAUGCCGUAUUUCCGACCAAACGCCGGAUUAGGAAAUGGGUCUUCGCCACCAAUAACGUAUCUGCAUCUACACCAAUGUGAUCAGUUCUCGAUUGGGAUUUUCUGUUUGCCGCCUUCUGGGGUUAUUCCUCUUCAUAACCAUCCAGGGAUGACGGUUUUUAGCAAGCUCCUCUUUGGUACAAUGCACAUCAAGUCGUAUGAUUGGGUCGUUGAUGCUCCAAUGAAAGAUCCGAAAACGCGACUAGCAAAAGUGAAGAUGGAUUCAACGUUAAACGCACCAUGCAACGCCUCGAUUUUGUACCCGGAAGAUGGCGGGAACAUGCAUAGGUUCACAGCGAAAACAGCCUGCGCGGUGCUAGACGUGCUUGGCCCUCCUUACUGCAAUCCAGAAGGCAGACAUUGCACUUAUUUCCUAGACUUCCCUAUUGAAAUAUUCUCAUCAGAGGAAGACGACGUUUUGAGAGGUGAAAUGGGGAAAGAAAGUCAUGCAUGGCUGCAAGAAAGAGAUGAUAAUCCAGAGGAUCUUAACGUAGUUGGAGCGUUAUACAGAGGCCCAAAGGUUGAUGAGGACUGAUCGCUUUUUGAUCCAUUUCACUUGUCAGAUUUCGAAUCAGUUUUUUUUCUUUCUUUUUUUGGGUUUCUUAGUUUAAAUUCUUCUUGUACAUAAAAGGAAAGGGAAACAGGAAAAAGAAAAGAUCUUUACUGGUCAAAAUCUUUGGUCUCUGUUCAAGUUUUUCUAAUAGUAACCAAAAUAAAA